CGAGUCGAAUUACAAAAAAAAAAAAAAAACUCAGUGUUUCCGUUUCAUCAGGAAGAUAAAGAGGCAUGAGAAAAGACUUUUUGAUAUCAACAUUUUUCCCUUCACUCUCCCCUUCCCUCUUUUCCUCCACACUCUACGUCUUUCUACUCUCCUCUCUUUCUUCUUUUUCUUCUUUCUAUCUCUUUCUCUCCCACACCUUCUUCACCCUUCUUUUCUCUAUCUUUCUUUCACUUUUUAUAAAACUCAAUACCGUGCGCCAUGUUGUCUGCACUCAGGUUUGCCAAGUCAAUCCCCACUGUUACAGUCGCACGUACCGCUCACCGUGCCUAUUCGGCUGCUGCUGCUAGUGAGGCCCUCAGGAAAACUGUCCUGUACAACUAUCACAUUGAGAACGGAGCCAAGAUGGUCCCUUAUGCUGGCUGGUCAAUGCCCGUUCUAUACUCUAAUCUUAGUGUUGGUGCUUCUCACAACUGGACCCGCACUAAUGCUUCCGUUUUUGAUGUCAGUCAUAUGCUUGCCACCAGAGUCACAGGAAAGGAUCGCGUCAAAUUCUUCGAAAGCCUUACUGUAGCUGACAUUGAGAAUCUUCCUGUUGGCAGCUCGACUUUGUCUGUCUUCACCAACGAAGAUGGCGGCAUUAUCGACGAUACCAUCAUCUGUAAGCAUGAGGACUCACUUUAUGUGGUCUCUAAUGCCGGCUGCGCUGACAAGGAUCUGGCUCACAUCCGCGCUCAUCUUAAGGAGUUCCAGAAUAAGGGUGGUGAUGCUGACUUGAAGAUCAUUGAUGACCAUGCUUUAAUUGCUCUCCAAGGUCCCAAGGCUGCUGCUGUACUCGAGUCGUUGGUUGAGAAGGAUCUUCGCGACUUCCCCUUCAUGGAUGGCCGCUUCAUGACCAUCAAGGGCAUCGAUUGCCACGUUGCUCGUUCGGGCUACACUGGUGAAGAUGGCUUUGAAAUCUCGGUUCCAAAUAACGAUGCUGUCGAGUUCACCAAGCUCUUGCUCGCUUCACCUGAUGUUGAGCUGGCUGGUUUAGGUGCUCGUGACAGCUUGAGGCUUGAGGCUGGUCUUUGUUUGUAUGGCCAUGAAUUGGAUGAGACCAUCACCCCUGUUGAGGCCGGCCUCACCUGGACAAUUGGAAAGCGUCGUCGUGCCGAGGGUGGCUUCUUGGGCGCUUCCAAGAUCCAAGAUCAGCUCAAGAAUGGCGUCAGCAAACGUCGUAUCGGAUUGGUUGUACAGGGUGCUCCAGCACGCGAAAAUGCUCCGAUCUACGCCAAUGGCGAAUUGGUUGGAAAGGUCACCUCAGGUUGUCCUUCUCCUUCGACCAAGAAGAACGUUGCUAUGGGUUACGUCAAAAAUGGUCUUCACAAGUCAGGCACAGAGCUCGAGGUUGAAGUCCGUGGCCGCAAGCAAAAAGCUAUCGUUACUAAGCUCCCCUUUGUCCCUGCUGGUUACCAUAAGGUUUAAUUAUGAAAGACAACGGUUGUGACAGUGAUCUCAAUAGACUCAUUCUAUCAGACACAUAAUUAACCAAUCCAUCCCAUGGCUCG